CUUUACCAAACUUCGGACAAGACAUCAUUUGCGUACAUUUCUGCGCGCGAUCGCUGGCCUGUUAUUCUUACAGGAGCCAUUGACGACUUGCACAAGGCAAUCGGAAAGACUGAGGACUCUGAGAAGCAGACAGAGGGCAAGAACAUUGUUUCCGAGCUUGCCAAGCUCAAGUAUGAGUUACAGCAUGAUCGCCAGCUUACCUACAACAAGGAACUAGAACAGCUCGGCAACCCCAAGUGGUUCGACGUACCAUGGCUGUUCUCAGAAUGUUACCUGUACCGCCGCAUGGCCACUCUUUUCAAACUCUCCACUCACUGGAAGAACUACGACGUCUUUAACAAGCAAAAGAUUUCCACUUUCCGCUCUUCCCGCCCUGCAGUUUUGGAGCUUGCUUCUCGCUACAACGAACUCACUAAACAACUCUCUUCAAAGGCUGCUUCAUCCCAAUCGGACGAAGAACGCGUGGCAGCUGAGAAGAUUCUCUUCACUGAGAUGUGCGAGAUUUGCCUUUGGGGUAACGCUACAGAUCUCUCGCUCCUCACUAACCUGACCUACGAGGACAUCCAGAAAUUGCAAGGCUCCAAGGCAAGAAAAGCAGCAGAGAAGAACAUCAUCGCCAACGAUUUUGACGCAGCCUUCGAACUACUUCAUGCAGCCAAGAGUCAAGGUACUAAAGAACGUCGUGUGGACAUUGUCCUCGACAACGCAGGCUUCGAACUCUUCGUUGAUGUCAUUCUCGCCGGAUAUCUUUUGCAAGCUGGUUUGGCCACCACAGUCGUACUGCACCCCAAGAACAUCCCCUGGUUCGUUUCGGAUGUCGUGCCCAAGGAUUUCUCAGACCUCUUGACUGUAUUGGUCAACGCAAAGAACUUUUACGAGUCUCCAUCUGAAGACGACGAAGCCAAGGGCGUCACACCAUCCAAACUCUCCGAACAAGAAUCUUCGGACUUGCAACAGUUGUUCCAGAACUGGAGUGAACUGUACGCAGAGGGAAAGAUUGUGCUCAGACCCAACAGAUUCUGGACUGAAGCAGGCAGUUACUGGAGACUUCCUGGUACUGCUGAAGCUCUGUUCGAGGAUCUCAAGACGAGUGAAUUGGUCAUUUUCAAGGGUGACUUGAACUACCGCAAGUUGACUGCAUGGGACCCCACCACCCCUUUCACCACCGCAAUCGGUCCUCUCGGUCCUGGCUCAGGAAUGCGCACUCUCGCCCUGCGCACCUGCAAAGCCGACGUUGUUGUCGGCUUGCCUUCAGGCGAAGACGAGCGUCUCCGCAACACAGAAAACGGUGGUGGAGACAGCGGUGCCCGCAAGUGGGCUUGGAGUGGCAAGUAUGCAGUCGUGCAGUUGUGCGAUGGCAAGAAGAAG